AUGCCUCCCACCACAGCGCCGCAGAUCAAACCGCUGCCCGCCUCCGCCACCGUGCGGCUCCGCUCCACGCUCGCAAUCACCUCGCUGUCCGACGCCGUGUCGGAGCUGGUGCAGAACUCGCUGGACGCCGGCGCGCGCAGCGUCGCCGUGCAGGUGAACGUUGCGCGCAACAGCUGCGUGGUGGAGGAUGAUGGCGUGGGCAUCCUGCCGGGCGAUGUGGGCAUGGUGGGGAGGAUGUAUGGUGCGUUUGCAUGCGGUUUCUACUGUGGUCAUCUAGAUACUGGAGCUAGCUCAACCUCCAAAUACACCCCCUCCUCCCCCACCACACACACAUUCGGCUCCCGCGGCCUCGCCCUCAGCUCCCUCAGCACGCACUCCCUCUUCACGCUCACCACCCGCCACACAACCUCCCCCACCACCCACACCACCCGCAUCUCCUACUCCACCCCGCUCACCACCGGCCCUUCCCCACCGCACCUCCGCCUCCCCCACCACGGAACAACAGUCCGCAUCGACGCCCUCCACGCCGACCUCCCCGUCCGCUUCCACGCCCGCCUCGCCGCCACAAACCCGGACUCUGAAUGGUCAACCAUCACAAACCGCGCCGCACACCUCCUCCUCUCCCCCGCCGCUACCGGCGUCUCCUUCGUCGCCCGCGACGAGAACGGAAAGCGCAGAAUUUCAGUACGCGGUGGUGGUGGUAGCGGUGGCGGUGGUGGGGCAACACACUGGCGCAUGGCCGUGCUGCGCCAGAUCUACGGCCGCGACACCAUAGGCCCGGACUGGGAGCGCGUGCGCGCCGUCCAAGGGGCCACCAAGAUCCGCGGGCACAUCAGCGCGUCCAAGGGGGCCGGCAGCCGUGAGCUACAGUUUGUGGCCGUCAACGGACACCCGCUGGUCGGUGCCACGGCGCUGCACGCGGAGGUGAACAGGGUGUUUGCCGCGUCUUCAUUCGGCGCCGAGGAUGAGGGGGGUGGGGGGACAAGGCGGAAGGGCGUGGAAAAGUGGCCCAUGUUUGUGCUGGAUGUGGAGUGUGCUGCGGGCGCGGACGUGCUUGGCGGGGAGGGGGGCACGGAGGGGAAAGGAGGGCUGGAGGGCGGGUUGUUGGGUGCGGUGGUGGCGCUGCUGGGGAGGCUUGUGGGUGAGUUUUUGAGGGCGCAUCAUUUCUCCCCCGCGGAGGGGAAAGGGACGGCGAGAGAGAGAGCGGGCACGCCGCUGGGUACCAUCACGAACGGCAGCGCGCGGGAAACACAUGGCGACACGCGCGCACUCGCGCUCCGGAGCCGGGUUAAGGCUGCAAAACAGGACGCCCGCGAGGAGGAGGGCCGAAAAGGCGCUGGCUUCUCUGCGUUCGCCGCUCCUUCACCUUCACCUAUACCCUCUACAGGAACAACCACGCCCACAGAGCAGACAGACAUGGACACAGCUUCGCUGGAUAUAGAGAUAGACAUAGACACAGACAGCCCAGACGGAAACGACAGCUCUAAAGAAAACGAACCCGGAAACAGCACAAAAGAUACACACAUCCACUGGCGCAAUCCACUCUCGCGCCACUCCUUCCGCGUUAACGCCCGCACUGGCAACACCUCUGCCACCUCCUCCGCCGCCGCCGCUGUAGCGCGGAAACGGGCCCUCUCGUCCUCGUGCUCCGGCAGCGCGGCCAAGAAACCGCGGACCGAAGAACCGGGAGGCGGGGGCAAAGACAAAGACAAAGAUAAAGGACCAUUCAUAGAUGCGCUCCUCAAGAACUGGAAAAACCCCGUAUUCGCACCCACAGAGGCACCAAUCCACAUUACCAAAAACUGCACGCACCACUGCGGCCCCACCUCCUCCACCUCCACCACCACCACCUCCCCCACCGCACCAACAACAACAACAACAACACUCGGAAAACUAACGAAACCCGGCCUCGCAACAGCAACAGUCAUAGCACAGCUGGACCGGAAGUACAUACUCCUCAAGAUGCGCGGCCUCUCCCCUUCCACAGCGGAGCCGGAGUUGCUGGUCCUCCUCGACCAACACGCCGCCUCAGAGCGCAUCCGCGUCGAGGCGCUCUUCGCAUCGCUCACAACGACUCCGCCGCAAACGCUGCUGACGCCGCUGCUGUAUGUGCUGAAUGAGCGCGAUGCGGGGCUGUUGGUGCGGUAUGCGGGGGUGUUGCGGGAGUGGGGGGUUUGCUACCAUGUCUCCGAGGGGCAGGGAGGGCAAGGGCAGACACUGCAUAUCACAGCGCUUCCAUCCGCGGUUGCAGACCGCUGCAGCGCUGAGCCGGCGCUGGCGCUGGCGAUGGUGCGGCGGCAUGUUUAUGCGCUCUCUGAGGACAAGGGUUGGUCUGCUGCUGCACCUAGCGGUGGUGGUGGGGGAGCGGGGGGAGGGGACUGGGUGAAGAGGCUGGCGGGGUGUCCGGGUGGGUUGGUGGAGAUGGUGAAUAGUCGGGCGUGCCGGGGGGCGGUGAUGUUUGGUGAUGUGUUGGAGAUGGAGGAGUGUGUUAGUCUGGUGAGGGGGCUGGCGGGGUGUCGGUUUCCGUUUAUGUGUGCGCAUGGGCGGCCGUGUAUGGUGCCGUUGGUGGAUUUGGGGGUGGGGGGUGAGGAGGUGGAGAAGGUGGAGAAGGUGGAGAUGGGCGAGGGGGGAAGGGGGUUUAAGAAGAGCUUUGGGGAGUGGAUGAAGAGGAGGGAGGGGGAGGGGGAGUAG